AUGGCAGUAGCAUCACCUGGGAUGGGACCAGCAUCAAUUGGUAUGCUAGGAGCAUCAACUGGGACGCUAGGACCAUCAAUUGCGAUGCAAGGAGCAUUAACUUGGAUGCUAGGUGCAUCAACUGAGAUGCUACGAGUAACACUUGGGAUGCUAGUAGCAUCACUUGUGAUGCUGAGAGCAUCAACUGGGAUGCUAGUAGCAUCACUUGGAAGGCUAUUAGCGCCACUUGAAGUGCUAGUAGCAUCACCUGAAAUGUUGAUAGUAUCCUAG